AUGGGGUGCUCUUUGGGAGGAAAGCGUGAAAAACGCGCUCGAACGACGAGGAUGCGCGCAUCCGCGAAGAAUCUGGUUGAGAUCGUCGAUCCGUUCUCCAAGAAGGAUUGGUAUGACAUCAAGGCUCCGUCCAUGUUUACCGUUCGCAACGUCGGUAAGACGCCGCAAACGAGAACGCAAGGUACGAAGAUUGCCUCGGAUGGUUUGAAGGGGAGAAUCUUUGAGUGCUCGUUGGCGGACUUGAACCAAGACGAGGAUCAAGCGUUCCGCAAAAUGUUCUUGAAGUGCGAGGACGUUCAGGGUAAGAACGUUUUGACGAACUUCUACGGUAUGGACUUCACCACGGAUAAAAUCCGCUCCUUAGUCAGAAAAUGGUUUUCUUUGAUUGAGUGCUUCGUCGACGUGAAGACGACGGAUGGGUACACGAUGCGCGUGUUUUGCAUCGGUUUCACCAAGCGUCGCGUAGACCAAACGAAGAGAACUUGUUACGCUCAAUCCGCGCAAAUCCGUAAGAUUCGCGCGAAGAUGGUUGAAAUUAUCAAGAGAGAGUGCGAAUCGUGUGACUUGAAGGAGUUGGUUUUGAAAUUUAUCCCGGAAGUUAUCGGUAAAGAGAUUGAAAAGUCGUGCUCGGGUAUCUACCCGUUGCAAAACGUCUAUUUGAGAAAGGUGAAAAUGUUGAAGACGCCGAAGUUCGACGUAACGAAGUUGAUGGAAGUUCACGGCGAUUACUCUGGCGAGGAGGUUGGUCAACAAAUUCCGAGAGCUGAGGAAGCGAAGCCGGAAGCCGCCGCUGCCGAGGAAUAA